AGGCUCGCGCAGCCUCUAUUUCUAAUUUGAAGCGGCCGACAGACAGGUGUGCUGUUGACUUGAGCCCAGAGUAGGAGCCUUUUUGUUUUAUUAUUAUUAUUUUUCUCCAGAGUGGUUYUAAAACUAUCGAAGGGGAGGGAAAGGAGGUGAGAAAUGCGUACGUGUCGCCGAAAGGAACCGGGUUGUUGUGUUUGUCCUCGCGGCUCCGGGCGGGUCAUUUAACGGAGCAACACCGAGGAAAUCACAGGGACUAUGUGAGCAUCAUGCUGGCUGUGAGAUGCCUGCUGUUCGCUGCAGUGUGUGCAAGGUGCGCCGAGACAGACCCUUUUAGAAAAGUCACUUCAGUCUCUGCAGGUCUGAGGGGAUGGGUGAGGCUGGGGGGACGGCUGCCGUCCUCGGAGGAGACAGUUCAGCCCAAACGGCUCCUGCAGCAGAAACACACAGAACAGGAGCUCCUGCACGACCACCUGGACACCCGGGUUAGGAACCUCCCAGCUGGCACGCAGCAGCCCAUCCAUCUGGCCCAGAGCAGCUUCUUAGUGGAGGCCUUCGGUUCAUCCUUCAUCCUUGACUUGGAACUCAACCAUAAUCUCCUAUCUACAGAUUAUGUGGAGCGUUACUUUGAGGAUGGACAGCUGUCAGAAAAUAUGGGAGGGGAGCACUGCUAUUACCACGGGCGAGUGCGGGGGUUGCCUGCUUCUUGGAUUGCUUUGUCUACCUGUCACGGCCUCCAAGGGAUGUUUUCUGAUGGCAACUUUUCUUAUGGGAUUGAACCUGUUGACAGUGGAGAAAAGGACCACAUUGUUUAUCGCAUUCCCAACAUAGACCUCUUCCAACUUUCCUGUCCAGGCUGCUUCUUGAACAACUCUGAGCCUGAAGGGGAAACAGAUGGCCACAGUAAAAAAGACAACGACCUAAAGGAUGGAGACAGUGGGUCUGCUGAAGACAAACACGUUUUUAAAGUCCUGAGGCGCUCGAAACGACAAGUGAGGCGAGGCCAACGCACUGUUCAGACUGAGACUAAAUACAUCGAGCUGAUGAUUGUCAACGAUUAUGAACUGUUCGGGCAGCUUCGUCGAUCAACCUCGCAGACGAAGAUUUUUGCCAAAUCAGUGGUGAACAUGGCAGAUUUGAUCUACAAGGAGCAGCUCAACACUCGCAUCGUCCUGGUAGCGAUGGAAACCUGGUCGUCUGAAAACAAGAUUGCCGUCGUUGACGAUGCCUUGCUCACUCUGCGAGACUUCAUGAAGUACAGGAAGGAAAACAUCAAGGAGCGCUGCGAUGCCGUGCACCUCUUCUCAGGCAGGACGUUCAGGAGCACUCGCAGCGAGGCGGCUUACGUUGGAGGCAUCUGCUCACUGACCCGGGGCGGAGGCAUCAAUGAGUUUGGGAGUGUGGGUCCUAUGGCCAUCACUCUGUGUCAGAGUCUUGGACAAAACAUUGGGAUGCUUCGGAACAAGGAGCGAACAUCUGCAGGAAGCUGCAGGUGUCCAGAUUCAUGGCUAGGUUGCAUCAUGGAGGAUACAGGUUACUACCUGCCCAGGAAGUUCUCCCGCUGCAGCAUAGAUGAAUACCUUCGAUUCCUUCAGCAGGGAGGAGGCAGCUGCCUCUUCAACAAACCCACAAAGCUGUUAGACCCUUCAGAGUGUGGUAAUGGAUAUGUGGAGCACGGAGAGGAAUGUGACUGUGGAUCGCUGGUGGAUUGUACUCAAAGUGGAGCCAGCUGCUGUAAAAAGUGUACUCUCACCCACAAUGCCAUGUGCAGCAACGGGCUCUGCUGCAGGGACUGCAAGUAUGAGCGCAGAGGGGAGACGUGCCGCGACGCUGUGAACGACUGCGACAUCCGCGAGACCUGCACAGGAGACUCCAGCCAGUGUCCUCACAAUGUCCACAAACUGGAUGGUUACACGUGUGAUGCAGGCCAGGGUCGUUGCUAUGGAGGUCGCUGCAAGACCAGAGACGGACAGUGCAGGACUCUGUGGGGUCACAACUCUGCUGACAGGUUUUGCUAUGAGAAGCUGAACUCUGAGGGCACAGACGAAGGAAACUGUGGGCCAGACCCCAGCGGUCAGGGAUGGGUGCCGUGCAACAAACAAGAUGUUCUGUGUGGGUUACUGCUUUGCACAAAUCUGACAGAAAGGCCKAAGUUUGGUGACUUGCAGGGAAAGCUUACAAGUCUGACCAUCCACCAUCAGAACCGAUACAUGGACUGCAGGGGAGGUCAUGCAGUGCUGGACGAUGGUCUGGAUCUGGGCUAYGUGGAGGACGGGACGCCAUGUGGGCCAAACAUGAUGUGUUUGGAGCGCCGCUGCCUCCCCRUCACAACCUUCAACCUCAGCUUAUGUCCGGGCUCCUCGUUCUCACACAUCUGCUCCCACCACGGGAUCUGUAGUAACGAGGUGAAGUGUAUCUGCGAUGCCGACUACACCGGGAAGGAUUGCAGUGUGUUCGACCCCAUUCCUACCACAACCCCGGGAGAUGGACUAAAGUACAAAGGUCCCAGUGGUACCAAUAUCAUAAUAGGUUCAGUUGCUGGUGCAAUUCUGCUCGCAGCGAUAAUCCUGGGGGGAACAGGCUGGGGAUUUAAAAACAUCCGAAAGGGAAGAUCUUCUGGAGUUUGAGUCGUGUCUUCCAUUUUGAGCCAUCAGACCUUUUUCUGUUUCCUCCUCUGACCUUUUUGAGCCGUCUGAACUUACCCUUUCCAGAGGAAAAAAAAAUCAGAACAGCAGGGAAGUCGAUGCCCUCUGCUUGUAUCUGCUGUUGGGGAAGAGAAAUGCCCAGGUUGUCUGGCUUACUCCAGCUUUUAUCUACAGUUUUCUGGAUACAGAGACUAUGGUUUAUAGGAGUAGCUGGUCUUCUGUCAUUUGGACUGUUAUUAUGCUUUAUCCCUUUAAGUAAUCUAAAGAAAGAUGGCCAAACACUUUGACUAGUGAGGCCCYUUAUUUAAACAUCCAGAGAGCACAGUAGUCUCUCCUGUGACUUUACCUGCAAUAGAUGUCUAUAAAUAACUUAAAUACUGAAUGUUUGUCCAGAUGAAGAUGUUGGAUCUUUACAUUCCACAAUAAUAGCCAUAAUUUCUCCUCUUAUGCUGCCUUUCCUUCUCGGACCAUAAUCCAUCAUUUGUAGAUCAAUGCUUCUAAAUAUUAGAUGCUGGAUGUAUGGACAGGAGAUGCUUGUGAUGAAGCUUAUUGUGUGUCUGUGUCGAGGACAGGAGCUCUUUUGGACCUUAGUGCAGCCAAGCCAGAGGGACAUUUAUGCACUAAAUGUAUUAUCCUGCUGUAUAUCUAAUCCAUAUUCAAAGUGUAUGCAUAUAAUUAUGCUGAACAAUAGGUGCUGAUGUAAACAAGUCCUUUAGACAGCAGGUACUCACUGCCGCUUUGAAGGGAAGCACAAGUCUCAGAAAGCAAGACUCCACUUUCCUGCCUACUAAUCAGAACUGAUUUAUAAUCUCAGAAACGUGAUGUUUCCCACAUGCCUGUGAGAGAUUUGGCUACAAAGAUGCGACACGCACCUGAAUAAUUUUUAAUCUGAUUCCUCCAAAUCAAGAAAAAAAGACUGCAUCUUAGAUUCAUGCAAUCCUGUCUAGACAAAUCAAGUUUAUGAGCAAUAAAMAUAUAAAUUUAAUGUGUAACAUUGAAAUUACAAUUACUGCUAAGUUUUAGAGCAGUGUUUGGAUCACUUGGUUCUGUAUUUCCCUUCAGAAUGUCAGAUCUGAUUCAGAGUAAUGCAGUUAGCGAAAAGUAGAAAACACACCUUUUUACUGAGCAGCACACAGAUGCCAGAAGAAAGUUACACUGCCAGUCAACACACAGUACAAGCAUUAAAGGAAUAUCUCCACAUUUUUUAUGUUAAAGUCUAAAAAAACAAUUUGGGAGUAUCUCUCAGAAGUCUUUACCAUGAAAUUAAAAUCGUCAUCACAUCYCUCGGGAUUAUUUCCUCACCACAGGAUUAAAAAUGACUGAAACCUCAGGUCACGCUGUGUUUACUACACUGUUGGAGUUGACAUGUAGUAUUUGGACUGAUGACAGGGAUUUUGGGCACCGUUCACCGUUGACUGUUAGUGUAAACACUCAUAUUACUGAACAUUAAAAGAUACCUGAAACCCA